AUGCCAUUCUCUUUGAAACAAGGACAUACCGCUGUAAUUAUAGGCUCUGCUACAGGAAUUGGCCGUGCUGCUGCUCGUAAAUGGGCAAGCCAGGGAGUCAAACUCGCUCUGUUCGAUAAGAGUCAGGAGAGACUCUCGAUCCUCGCCAAGGAAUUGGAAUCGAAAACCACUGUUCUUUCUGUUUCAGGUGAUGCUUCCAAGUUCGAGGAGGUGAAAGAUUUUCAAAAGGCAGUUGUUGAUAAGUUUGGCACUGUCGAUUUGCUAUUCUUGAAUGCGGGUAUCAGUGGAAAAUCGGACUUCACCCAUCCAGAUCCCGUUCGAACAUUCUUCGAAACCAAUUUCUUCGGUGUUGUCAAUGGCGUUUCUGCUUUUGUCGAGACUCUCAAGAAGCAAUCUACUGAAUCCCAUGUCAUCAUUACUGGCUCCAAACAGGGUAUCACCAACCCCCCUGGUAACCCAGGUUACAAUGCUUCCAAGGCAGCAGUCAAAUCUUACGCUGAAGGCUUAUCGUUUGAUCUUCAAGGAUCUCCUGUUGAGGCCCACUUGUUGGUCCCUGGAUGGACUCAUACUUUCUUGACCGGUGACCGUGAAACUGCAGAGACUGCUAAACCUGCUGGUGCAUGGUACCCCGAGCAGGUCGUCGAGAGACUCGAGCAGGGUCUUGAUAAGGACGAGUUCUACAUCUUCUGUGAAGAUAACGACGUGACUACUGAACUUGAUUUCAAGCGAAUGCAGUACAACCUCAACGAUAUCCUCCUCGGAAGACCCGCCUUGAGUAGAUGGAGACCCGAAUACAAGUCCGAGUUCGAAGCAUUUAUUAAGAAGUAA